GUGUCCUGACAUCAUGUGUGUUGCCAUAAAUGCAGCCAUCACCGGUACAAACGAAACGACCCGCCCACCUCUGCGACCUGUCGUCCUGUGUGCCGGUCUCUCCUGCCUCUUGCCUUCGCUUCAGCUCCAGCUCCUCAUCCCACUCCCUCUUCCUGCCAAGGGUUGGCGGAGGAAGAGCGAGCGAGGCCGAUAGAUGGUGAUGAUGGGGCAGCUUGGGCGGCUGGUGGACGGCAUCAAGUCGAGGCUGCGUGCCGGCGGCGCCGGGAAGAGGGGCGGCUCCUCGGUGAGGAAGGCGUCGGCGUCGGCGUCGUCGGCGGGCUACGACAAGGUGGAGAAGACGGACAGCAUGCGGGUGGAGAUCCGGAGCCGCCAGGCGCGCAAGCUCAUCGCCAAGAACCUCGACGCCGCCGACUCCAUCGCGCGCGCCGCACGGGCCAACAACAAGCGCUUCUUCCUCGCCUUCUGAGUUCUGACCACCAUCGAGGGGAUAUAAUAUGAUCCAACCAAGAACAAGCCAAAGAGCUCCAUCAGCAGCUGCUGCUGCUGCUACUACUACCUGCCCGGCUCUCUACAUCUGUUUUAGCUACGUGCAGUGAUAGUCCAAGCAGGCCCCAAAAAUUGCAUGCCAAGUUGCCAACUACGUGAUUCUGGAGUUUCUUUACUGUACCUGAACAGAAAAGACUGUAGCACAAUACGAUGAUAUCUUGUCGUGACAGUAUUCGAGCAGUAUUUCA